GAUAAUUGUAGUGGAAAGACUGAAAGUGUUUUAUGGAAACCUUCACAACUCUUGCAGUUAAGGAAUUUAUAUUUUUAUACAAUGGUUAUUCUAAUCAUCCUUUUCUUUUGUAUGGUUUACAGAAUAACAAAAGCAUGCCUGGUGGAGGGUUGAAGAAGUCGUGCCCUGCAUGCCAAGAACAAAUAUUUAAUGGAUGCAAGGUCUGCCCCAUGUGCAAGGCAGCACAGCCGCAACAUCUAAGGCUGAAAAAAAAAAUGGAAAAAUUCCAGAUGGAGAAGGAGUCUUGGGUGUCCAAGAAAAAGAAAAAUCAAAUAACAUCUCAUUUAAUGGAUGAUGCCGUGAUUUUGAUUGAGAAGCUGAAUGCAGUGGGCUGGAGGCCCAUGCUUUUUCUUGAGUACCCAAACAAAAAAGUCAAGACGCUGCUGCCGGAGGGGCUCAAAUUAAGUUCAGGGGAAAAGAUAUGCCUAAACAACAUGAACACUAUCUACAGCAUGAUAGUUCAAGGAAAGACAGUGCCGACGGACCCUUCAGCAACCGGAAAUCUGCAACGUGAUCCAGAAGAGGAGACCAUUGUCGUUUUAAAUUUGGAGACCAUUCAAGACCCACCACCUCAACAAGUGGAAGCUCUUCUGCCAACCAGCCCUGCCACCGACACCAACGAGGGGGGGAAAAAUUACAAAAGACGUCAAAGGACAAAAGGUAUGGGGAAAAUCUGUGCGGAUAUGUUUCAAAAGAGCUAUUUUGAAUAUUGCCUAUGCAAACAUUCAGAGGACAUGAUGUCAGAAGUUGACUCUUUUUGCUGUCCAGCCUGUCAACCUGACAUGUUGGCAGUGUGUUGUGAUGGCAACCGAAAACAUUACCGCUUCCGAAAAUCAAGAGGAACCGAGGAACCGUCUUUAUAUGAGGGCUUGUUUAUAGCCAAAGAUGAUGAAGUUCUGACCUUUCUGGAGAAAAUCAGAGGAAGCAGCGGGGCAAGAGCAAAUGACAGUGGGACGUGUGGGGUGUCGAGGUUCAAGGCGAGUAAGGAGACAUCCAACAAAUCCUCCUCAAAAAUUGAUGAAGAGGGUAUUCAGGUGGCAGUUUGCAGGUGUGUUCGUAUUUCAGGAGAGUGUUCUUACACGGGAUAUUAUUGCGUGCCCUGA